CUUCAGAGAAGAGGAAUGACAUGGAGCUGAAUGAUUAUUGGUCAAUUGAUGUCUUAUUUCCAGUGUUUUAGCAGUGUAUUGUUGUGGCUCAGCACGCAUGGCUAUUUGUUUGUGUAUGUGUUUGUGCUGUUGACAUGUAGGCUAGUCCUAACUAAAGGGUGUGAGGGGCUGAGCUGUGGGAAUGAAAGCUGAGCUAUAGGAAUGAAAAAAGUAGCAACAGUGACCUCAUGACAAUUGAAAACAGAGCAGUGAAAUAUGAGUGGGGGUUACGACGUGGACCUGUUUGUGGACGGUCCAGACUAUGAUCUGCUCUGCACCAUCUGUAGAUCUGUCCUGAGGUGUCCUGUCAGAGCGGCCUGUAACCAUAUCUUCUGCAAAACCUGCAUCCUACAGUGGCUCAGGAGACAGGAGACGUGUCCCUGCUGUAGGAGACCUAUCAGUCCCAGCUUUAUGUUUGUCAUGUACAAAUUGCGUAAAACUAUCAGCCGCCUCAGGAUUAAGUGUAACAACGAUGGCUGCUCGGCCACCUUCCCUCUGUCUGAGGAGUUCCUCCAUAGUUCCUCCUGUCAGUUCCAGAGGGUCCCAUGCCCCCACCAGGGCUGUGGUUCCUUGGUGCACCGGUCAGCCCUGGAGGUCCACUCACAGCACUGCCAGCAUUGGAGCCAGCUCUGCACUAUGGGCUGUGGUACUCUGCUCACACAGGCCACCCAGCCCCAACACAACUGCUUCAGGCAGCUGAAGCAGCAGGUGGAGUCCCAGAGGCAGAACCACAGAGCCAUCGCUAGCGCCCUCAGAAGGAAGAUGAGGAGAAUGCAGACCACAAUGACACAAGUCAGGAGGCAGGUGGCACUCAUCUGUGAAAGCCUAGAGGUCAUGGGAGAGGGGGAGGAGGGACAGGGAGAGGGGGAAGGAGAGGGGGAGGGGGAGACUACAGGGGAGAGUAACACAAGCAUCAGUAGCAGCAGCUCCUAAAAUGGAAACAGGGUUUUAUUUUUUAUUUGACAAAUGAUUAAUUACGUUUUAUAUUACAUAAUGGUUUUUAUAUGAAAGACUGUUUAUGCGGAAAUGUGAAAAGUAAAGAGGUUUGGAUUUUAAUGAAACUUUUAAUUUCAUUUUGGUGUAUUUUGUACAGACUGCAGAUGUAUUCUUAUGGAUUGUUUUAUUUUCAUAAUGUUUCUAUUAGGUUGAUUAUUGUAUUUUGGCAAAUCCAAAUCUUGAAUGAUUAAAAACAUGACAUAAAAACA